AUGGAGGAGGAGGAGGAGCAGGAUGUGGAGGAUGAGGAGGAUGAGGAGGGUGGGGUGGAGGAGGAUGUGGAGGAGGAGGGUGUGGUGGAGGAGGAGGAGGAUGUAGUGGAGGAGGAGGAGGAGGAUGUAGUGGAGGAGGAGGAGGGUGUGGUGGAGGAGGAGGAGCAGGAUGUGGAGGAGGAGGGUGCGGUGGAGGAGGGGGAGGAGGAUGUGGUGGAGGAGGACGUGGUGGAGGGGGAAAAGGAGGGUGUGGUGGAGGAGGAGGAGUAG